CUACCUGAGUCGGAAAAAUGGCAGGAGUUCGAUCAAUGUUUCCACACAGGAAAAUGGAGAAGAGAAAGUGUCACGCCCCUUUGCAAAUAAAAGCAGCGAGAGUGCAGCGUGGAGCAAAUCAACACACACACAGACCGUCACAGCGCCGAGCUGUCAUGAGUAACGCUGUUGGAUACAACGCUACCCACAUGGGGAGUACACCAGUGGAGACUGGGCUGCUCCUCCAGCCCGUCUGGGACCUGGUGCGGGCCAAGCAGCAAUGGAUGAAGUCUCCUUUCUUCCCAGUCACCUUCUCCUUGGUGGUCUACUCGACUUUCUGCCUGCCUUACAUCGCCCUGGACCUGCUGGCGAAGAAGCUGCCCUCCCUGAGGAAGUACAAGAUCCAGGCUCAGAGUAACCCGAGCCUGGGGAUGAUGGCGAGCUGCGUGGCUCAGACCCUGUACAACCACCUGCUCUACAUCUUCCCGCUGUCGGUGGCCCACUGGUACUGGCGCCCAGUCCAGCUGCCGCCCUCAGCCCCCGAGCUGCACCGCCUCCUACUGGACAUCGCUGCCUGCCUGCUGCUCUUCGACUUCCAGUACUUUGUGUGGCACCUCCUGCACCACCGGGUGCCCUGGCUGUACCGCACCUUCCACAAGGUCCACCACAAGUACACAGCCACCUUCGCCCUGGCCACCGAGUACUCGGGAGCUUGGGAGACCCUGUCGCUGGGUUUCUUUGCCGCCAUCAACCCGGUCAUUCUGCGGUGCCACCCCCUCACCACGCUGCUGUUCUUCGUCUGCAACAUCUGGCUGUCGGUGGAGGACCACUCCGGCUACGACCUGCCCUGGUCCACCCACAGGCUGGUGCCUUUCGGACUGUACGGAGGGGCUCCUCACCACGACCUCCACCACAUGAAGUUCAAAACCAACUAUGCGCCUUACUUUACUCACUGGGACAAACUGUUGGGUACUUACAGUACACUACACAGCAAAAGUCGGUGAUUUGCUCCGACUCUAUUUAAGAACGAAAGAAAAGACUUGUAUUUGUUUGCUCCUGAAGGUUUGGACAUUGAUGGAGAAGGACAUGGACUGCUGGCCAGUGAUUUGUACAAGACUAACACUUGACUUUGUGUAAUGUACAGUUUCUUUACAAUGCACUUUAAACGCUACUUAUGUCAUGAAAAAUGCUAUUUUAUAUUGUUUUUCUUGUAUCGGAAUAAUAUAUUGGCUAUAGAAUUUUAUACGUUUAUUAUAAUUUAAUAAA